AUGGUCAACAAGCUGGUUGGCUGUCCACAGUGGUAUCAUGUGCUGGAAAACGGACCAUUGGGCCAGGCGAUUCUGCGACGAAACCCAGAAGAGGCCAUUCGCCUGCUCCAGCAAAAACCAUCUAUUAUUGGAGAGUUGAAUGAUUGGGGCCACUCCCUUGUGCACCUCAGUAUCGACUGGCCCCUAGGUCUGGUUAUCCUCCUCAAAUAUGGAGCUUCUUCAUUGAUCAAUGUGGAGGACAACAAUGGAGCUAGACCAAUGAAGCUAGCGAUGCAGCUCUCAGAAAUUGCAGCCAUGAUAUUGAUAGCGGCAGGAUCUGGGCUUGAUGACGAUGCUCUUGAGGACUUCAUGCUGUGUGAUCGCUUCAAGGGGGGUUCGCAAGAACUCUUUGUUGUUGCCGUCGAGGGACUUGUUUAUCGAAGAAAGCAGCUUCAGCAAAUAGCAGUGUCGCAUUUGCCUCUAUACAAGCUCUCAUUCGCCGCCGACGCACUCAAAGUUUUGGAUGAGCAAGCCGUUGAGGUGUCCACUGCACUUGAAGAGUCCGGUAUCAGGAUUCCAGGAGCUCUGUCCACUCCCAAGCGACAGACAACCAUAUAUCACAGCCUGCGCGUCCGUGCCGGACUUGCACAGAAAUUUUUCAACAAUGAUUUCGAGGAUAUUGACGGGCGUGACUACCGAGGCUAUACGCCUCUUAUGGGGAUAUAUAGGUGGUGCAGCGGACCUCUGACCCUCCAAUAUGCUCAAUGGCUCUAUGAUCGCGGCGCCAGUUUGCUUUGCCAAUUUCCUACAUGCACGAAUAGCAACUGCGAGGAGACAGAUGAGCAUCAGAGGCCAACUGCGCUCAGAGCAAUCCAUACGGCAGCAUUCAUGCUCGGGCGGACACUCUUCGACUUCCGGUGGAAUGUGUUGGACUUAAACUCUACUUGUGCGACAGACUGUUUCGAGCUUCUUUCGACUAUUGUCUCCUCCAACGUGUCCGACGGCUGUUCCUGUGCUUGUUCUAGCCAAGGAUGUAUUCCGGUUCUGAAUUUAUUGAGCAAUCCCAGUCCAGUCAAUGGGCAUCAUUCAAGCUAUUGGUUCUUGCGGUGGCUGGACUUAUAUUUCCCGUAUGAUUUUCCUCGACUGUUUCUGAAAGUUCUGAGACUGUACACUUUUCAGAGUCUCGGCCUGACGCACACCUGUUGCCGAAAUGGCUGUCUUCGGUAUGCCGGUCGGUGUCAUGACCCCUCCCAAAAACCCUGCCCGUUUUCGAUCCCUGUUGAUGACGAGAUUCAAGAGAUUCAGGACGAAGAAAGACAUCUGAUAUCUCUUCUUGAAACACUUAUGGUGGAGUUCACGGAACAGUGGCUAUGGCCGACGUCAGACUGGAAGGUGGACGAGUUCAUGUCCAAGGUUUGGCGGCCUAGAUUGAGACAGAUUCGACAAGAAAGAGUACAAAUGUUCGUGGGGGACCAGGCACAAAUGCGCUACAUGGGCGUCGAGCUGCAUUCCGACGGCGAGGACUCUUUGACUAAGGAUAGAGAUGAAGAUGAUCGUUACGCUCAAUAUGAGCCUAACACAUGGGAGGAUUUUUACUGGAGAGAACAGCCUCCGCCAAACGCAGCAGCUGAGAAUGCAGCCCGAAAAAUCCAGUCCGAAAGCGACCUUCGAGAGAUUAGAGUCUUCUUCACCGAUGUUGAAGUCGCGGAAAUCCUCAAGGCAGCUGCCCGAGAAAACGGAAUUGAAGAUUACGACGCCUGGUUCAGCAUAAUUGAAAAGCUUGAUGCGCGGCAAAAUGAGGGUGUUUAA